AUGGCUCUCUUAACUACUAUCGGUAUGGGUUCACUCUACGUUGCCAAGGGCAAAAACGAUGAAAGAAAGACUGAACAUGCCAAAAGAACUCCAAAAACUUGGGAAGAAAUUGCCGAAGAACACGAAAAUCUGGUAAACAUGUCAGAUAUUAAUCCGAACGAUGUGGACCAGUUGGUACAUGCUAUUGCUGGUUCGUUAGGAGGAGCGGCCUCAAUUGCGGUAACAUAUCCGCUAGUAACGAUAACUACCAACCUUCAGACCAAAGAGAAUGAGGGUACGCCCAAAUUGGAAGCUAUUAAGGCGAUCUACAAGAAGAAUGGUGUGGCAGGUUAUUUCCUAGGAUUAGAAAGUGCUGUUUACGGUAUGGCUACCACAAAUUUUGUGUAUUACUACUUUUACGAAUGGUGUGCGAAAACUGCUAGAACACUUGCAUCGAAACAGUAUCUCAGUACAUGGGAAUCUAUCCUGGCCAGUACCAUUGCCGGUUCAAUGACUGCUGUCGCCAGUAACCCAUUGUGGGUAGCUAAUACCAGAAUGACUGUUAACAAGAGUAAAAGCUCUACUUUGGGCACCAUGGUGGAGAUUGUAAAAUCAGAUGGACCUAUGACACUUUUCAAUGGAUUGAAGCCAGCUUUGGUACUUGUUUCCAACCCUAUCAUUCAAUAUACUGUAUACGAACAGUUGAAGAACCUGGUGCUACAUAUUCAAAAGAAGAAAGUGCUAAGUCCAAGCUGGGCUUUUCUACUAGGUGCCAUUGGUAAGUUAGCUGCGACCGGUACCACUUAUCCAUAUAUUACCCUCAAGACCAGAAUGCACUUGAUGCAAAACUCGAAGAAAGAACAGAAAUCUAUGUGGGCCUUGAUUUUGGAAAUAGUUAAGAAAGAUGGAAUUUCAGGACUAUACAACGGUGUUUCUGUGAAAUUAGUACAAAGUAUCAUGACUGCAGCAUUCCUAUUCUUUUUCAAGGAAGGUUUCAUCCAAUGGUCUUUGAAGCUUAUCAAAAUACUACGUUUGGUGAGUAAAAGAAAAAAUAUCAAAUCUUUGUCUAUCUAA